AUGUCGAACAAUGCUAAGUUCUUGAAGGAUGUGGUGGCUAAGAAAAGAAAGUGGGAGAAGUACAAGACAGUGAACCUUACGGAGAACUGCAGUGCUAUACUUCAGAAAGGGUUACCAACCAAGCACAAGGACCUAGGGAGUUUUACUUUAUCUUGUGUUUUGGGGAAUAAUGUAGAAGUAUUGGACAUGCAGAUAGACAAGAAGGUGCCAUUGAUACUAGGAAGACCAUUCCUAGCAACUGGAGGGGCCAUGAUAGAUGUUCAAAAGGGGGAGCUUACGUUGCGGUUACAUGACGAAAGCAUUACCUUCAACAUUUAUGACGCCCUGAAGUUUCAUGGAAAGGAAGGAGCAGAGGGCUAUCAAGAGUGCAAUGUCAUCCAAGUAGUUACGGAUUGCGUGGGAGAAGUGGAAGUUUAUCAUCGGAAUCAGGAUCCUUUAGAAUCGUGUCUAGUGAAUUCUUUCACGCCCUCUACUUAUUCUUCUUCAUGUGACGCUAAUGUGUGUGCUAUGAUUGCAGAGCUUGAGGUACUCCCCGAAAGGAUCCCUCAAUUUUGGAACACAUUCUUGUCCUGGCGACCUCCCGAGGAAGAGGAAGAGAGGAAGAAGGUUAUAGGAAAACCACGAGGACCACCUAAGGUGGAAUUGAAACCGCUCUCCGAGCAUCUCAGGUACGCAUUUCUAGGGCCAGAUAGCACUUACCCCGUUGUUGUAUCCGCUGCUUUGAGUGAUGAGGAAUGGAUAGAAGUUGAUCAGGCUAAGAUUGCAGCCAUUGAGAGAUUGCCGCCCCCAUCCAGCGAAAAGGCAUAUGAAGAGUUGAAGAAGGCCUUAGUGAGCGCGCCCAUCCUCAUCACCCCAGAUUGGAGCCAACUAUUUGAGAUCAUGUGUGAUGCAAGCGAUGUAGCUGUUGGAUCCGCUUUUGGGAAAAAGAGAGAUAAGAUUUUUAGGGCCAUUUACUACGCUAGCAGAACUUUAGACUCUGCACAAGCGAAUUAUACGACCACUGAAAGGGAGAUGCUUGCUAUAAGAUGUGCAGAUACGAUAUUGAGGAGGUGCGUACCACAAGAAGAUUGGGAAGCUAUAGUGGAGAGAUGCCAUUCGUCACCAACUGGAGGAUAUUUUGGAGUACAACGGACCGCCAUUAAGAUCCUACAAAGUGGGUUCUAUUGGCCAACCAUUUACCGAGAUUCCGCCAGCUUUGUGCUGCAAUGCAAUGAAUGCCAACGCACGGGGGGAAUAUCAAAGAAGAAGAAGAAGAAGAUGCCCAUGAACACCAUCAUUGAAGUGGAACUGUUUGACGUGUGGGGGAUAGAUUUUAUGGGGCCCUUCCCAAAGUCAGGGGAGUACCAAUAUAUCUUACUUGCAGUUGAAUAUGUGUCUAGAUGGGUGGAAGAAAUUCCAUCAAAAACUAACAAUUCUAAAGUCGUAACUGCUUUCGUGAGGAAGAAUAAUUUUUGCAGAUUUGGUACACCUCGCGCUCUCAUAAGUGAUGAAGGAUCACACUUCAACAAUAUGUGGCUCGACAAUGUAUUGGAUAAAUAUGGAGUCAAGCACAGGUUUACUUCACCAUAUCACCCUCAAGCAAAUGGGCAGACCGAGCUUGCUAAUAGGGAGAUUAAAUCUGUCCUACAGAAAACAGUGAGUACUAAUAGGAAAGAUUGGGCACUUCGUUUGGAUGAUGGGUUGUGGGCAUAUCGCACUGCCUACAAGACUCCUAUAGAAAAAGGUGAAAAAAAGGCCAAAGUGCAGCAGCCUCUGUUCGAUCCCAUUCUUCCAGCGAUUUCGGAGUCCAAUCAGUGA